AUGUGGACGUUACCGAGGACUCGGUUCGCGCACUGUAACGGCUCGUCGAACAGCGAUGAGAAAGAAAUCGCAGUGAAUAUCGGCGGCGUGCGGCUGGUGCUCUGUGGGGACAUUCUGAACCGCUAUCCGGAGAGCAGGCUCGCCGAACUUGUGAACCGUUCACCUCGGAGUUUUGAUGCCAUUUCUUCACUUUGCGAUGAUUACGAUCCCGGGAAAAGAGAAUUCUACUUUGACAGAGACCCUGACUCUUUUAAAUGCAUCGUUGAAGUGUACUACUUUGGAGAGAUCCAUAUGAAGAGAGGAAUCUGCCCUAUUUGCUUUAUCAAAGAAAUGGAGUUUUGGAAGAUUGACUUGAGCUGCUUGGACGAAUGCUGCAAGAGUAACUUGAACGAGAAGGAGGAAGAGCUGGCAGAGAUUGCGGACAAGGUGAAACUGAUCCUGGAUGAUCUGGACUGUGACCCUGCCGUGAGUCGCACGGAGAGGUGGCAGAAGUUCGUUUGGAAAUUCAUGGAGAAACCGGAGUCCUCGCUCCCCGCCCGCGUAGUUGCAGUCUUGUCCUUCCUCUUCAUUCUAGUGUCAUCUGUCGUAAUGUGUCUCGGGACCAUACCGGACCUACAGGUCGAGGAUUCCGAAGGGAACCGAGUUGAGCACCCGAGCCUGGACGCAAUUGAGACGGCUUGCAUCGGUUGGUUCACGGUGGAGUACGUGCUGCGCCUCGCAUCCUCCCCAAACAAGGUGCGCUUCGCUCUCUCCUUCAUGAACAUUGUAGACUUCAUGGCCAUCAUGCCGUUCUAUGUAGUGUUGAUUCUAACGUGUCUCGGCACGGGAAUGAUGGAGCUGGUCAACGUGCAGCAGGCGGUGCAGGCGCUCCGUAUCAUGCGCAUUGCGCGGAUCUUCAAGCUGGCGCGCCAUUCAUCUGGACUGCAAACUCUCACCUACGCACUCAAACGAAGCUUCAAGGAGCUGGGACUGCUCCUUAUGUACAUGGGAGUAGGCAUCUUUGUGUUCUCGGCCCUCGGGUACACCAUGGAGCAGAGCCACCCGGAGACGCUGUUCAGAAGCAUCCCGCAGUCCUUCUGGUGGGCCAUCAUCACCAUGACCACCGUCGGCUAUGGUGACAUCUACCCAAAGACCACCCUGGGCCGAUGCAACGCGGCCAUCAGCUUUCUGUGCGGGGUGAUCGCCAUUGCGCUGCCCAUACACCCCAUCAUCAACAAUUUCGUAAUCUAUUACAACAAGCAGAAGGUGCUCGAAACCGCCGCCAAGCACGAGCUGGAACUCAUGGAGCUGCGGUCGCUCGAGCUCGCAGUGAGAAGCGCCUCGCGCAGGUGUGACGCAUCCGGGAGAGCGAUGGAAGGUGCCAUGCGCGCAUCGCGUAGCGACACAUACAUUAAUCUCCUUUCGGGAGCGCACAGGACUGAGAAGAAUGUGAAGAAGAAAAGCCUGACUUAGGACAAGAAUAAAAGCAACUCGAAAAGCACUUUAGAAUUCACGAGAGAUUGCGAUAUAAUGGUCAUUGUGCGCUAUAAACUGCUGUGCUGAACCGUCCAAAGAGUUGGAAUGUGACAGUCUAGCUGCCUGUAUUGUUUUCACUGGAAGUCGUUUUUUUCAUGCGUUUCUCUUUAAAGUGUUAUAUUGUCUUAAUUAAAUAAAGUGCAUGUCAAAUUCCAAAUGCCUGUUUGUUUCGGAGGGGUUAAGCCAAGCGCAGAGACGUCCAUUAAUUAUAUCUUCACUAAGUUUAGAUAGGGUGCAUUAAGGAAA